AACCCCUACACCGCAGCUCAAAUCUUAACUUUGCAGCACCAACUCAACAAAUGCCUCGGACCAGAAUUCGUGACGCAGCGUCCCGGCGCAGGCGGACAGAAGGUCAGUUAUGUGGAGAGUUUCAAGGCGAUUCAGCUCGCGAAUGAGAUUUUUGGGUUUAAUGGGUGGAGUUCGUCGAUUAGGGCUAUUCAUCAGGAUUUUGCUCACGAGAUCAACGGCCGCUGGUCCAUGGGCAUCUCCGUAACCAUGCGCGUUACCCUCCAAGACGGCACAUACCACGAAGACAUUGGCUACGGCUCCAUCGAAAACACAAAAGGCCUGGCCGGCGCUUACGAAAAAUGCAAGAAAGAGGGCACGACGGAUGGGCUGAAAAGGUGUCUUCGGAACUUUGGGAAUGUGUUGGGGAACUGCGUGUACGACAAGGAAUAUUUGGCGAGGUUGAAGAGGGUUAAGGAGAACCCGGUG